AUGUACGGAAGCUGCCUUUUGGAGAAAGAAGCAGGCAUGUACCCAGGCACUCUCAGGAGCCCCGGAGGAGGCAGCACCGCUGGAGUGGGCACCUCUGGGGGAGGUGGGAGUCCGCUGCCAGCCUCCAGCUUCGCAGCGGCUCCUGCUUACCCGCCCUACAUGGGGUAUCCUCAAAUGCCCAGUAUGGAUCAUCACGGGCCAUCACUAGGUGCCUGGAGCUCACCCUACAGUCCCCCCCGGGAAGAAUGGAGUGCCUACCCGGGGCCGUCCAGUGCAAUGGGCACAGUGCCCAUGAACGACGUGACCUCAAGCUCAGCGGCUUUCGGCUCGCCGGACUACAGCAACCUGGGCCCCACAGGCGGCGGAAACAGCAGCGGCAGCCUCCCAGCCCCAGCUAGCGGGUCACUGGUCUCCAUCGAGUCUGGCACUGGCGACACCAGUUCUCCCAGCAGGAGCCGCCACAGCCCCUAUGCAUGGAUGCGCAAGACGGUGCAGGUGACCGGGAAAACCAGGACAAAGGAAAAGUAUCGUGUGGUUUACACAGAUCAUCAAAGGCUGGAGCUGGAAAAAGAAUUCCACUGCAACAGAUACAUCACCAUCCGGAGGAAAUCAGAGCUGGCAGUUAACCUGGGCCUUUCUGAGAGACAGGUGAAAAUCUGGUUUCAGAAUCGCAGAGCCAAGGAGAGAAAGAUGAUCAAAAAGAAAAUCUCCCAGUUUGAGAACAGUGGAGGUUCUGUGCAAAGUGACUCUGGUUCCAUCAGCCCUGGGGAACUGUCUAACACUUUUUUUGCCACUCCACCUGCUGUCCGUGGAUUUCAACCUAUCGAGAUACAGCAGGUUAUAGUCUCUGAAUGA